CGUUUUGAGUCAGAUCCGAUGGAUGAAGUAAUAUUACCUGAGGCUAUUCCUCAUACUGCUUCUUAUCACCAAGCCACUGGUUUACAAAGCUUGUCCAGACAAUCAUCUGUAUCCACUUUACAGUUUCCAGAAGGAAAACGAGCGGAAAUUAUGUACUGUCGUCCUGGUUUUGACAUUGUUCCUGCUUACUAA